AUGGCUUCUUUGCCUGAGAAGAUGUCUCUUCAGAUGAUAUCAACUGUUAAUUCUUCCCUGGUCCAGCCAGGAUUUUCUGUGAUGAACUUUGAUGGACAAUUUUUCUUGUUUGGACAGAAAGGUUGGCCAAAGAGAUCCUGUCCUACUGGAGUCUUCCUCCUUGAUUUCAAAAAGGAAGAACUCAAACUGAAACCAGCAAACUUCUCCAAAGAUUCCUGCUACCUUCCCCCUCUACGAUACCCUGCAAUCUGUGCUCUCAGUUUGAUGCAGUCUGGAAAAAUCCAGUACAUGAUCCAUGGAGGGAAAACACCAAACAAUGAACUUUCUGAUAAGCUCUAUGUCAUGAGCAUGGUCAACAAGAAUAUCAAGAAAGUCACGUUUAAGUGUAUUGAGAAAGAAUUAGUUGGGGAGAUCCCUGAAGCCAGAUAUGGUCAUACCAUUAAUAUGGUCCAUAGUCAAGAUAAAAGUAUGAUCAUUAUAAUUGGAGGAAGAUCAUACAUGCCUCUUGGACAGAGGACAACUGAAAACUGGAACACUGUGGUUGACUGUCUGCCACAGAUAUUUCUGGUCGACCCUGAUUUUGGAUGUUCCACUUCCUAUGCCCUCCCAGAGCUUCAGGGUGGAUUCUCUUUUCAUCUUUCCCUUGCCAGAAAUGACACCAUCUAUAUCAUAGGAGGCCAUUCCAUUGAAAAUAAUACCAGACCCCCAAAUCUCUAUAGAAUAAAGGUUGACCUUCCCUUAGGCAGCCCAGAUGUUAGCUGCUGUGUUUUGCUAGGUGGUAUUUCAGUGUCCAGUGCCAUCAUGACCCAGGUCAAAGACCAGGAAUUUGUCAUUGUUGGGGGCUAUCAUUCUGAUAACCAGAAGAGGAUGGUUUGUAAUACAGUCCAUGUAGAAGAUAACAAGAUAGAGAUAAUGGAAAGGGAGGCACCAGAAUGGACCCCAGAAAUCAAGCACAGCAAGAUCUGGUUUGGGAGUGACAUGGGAAAUGGAACGGUAUUAUUUGGCAUUCCAGGAGACAACCGGCAACUUGUUUCAGAUGCAAACUACCUUUACAGGUUAAGAUGCAAAGGAGAAAGUGAUCAGGACUCUGAAGAGCUGACACAAAUGUGCAGUCAGAGUUCAACAGAAGAUGCAGGAGAUUCUACUCCUUUUGAAGAUUCAGAGGAGUUCACUUUCAGCUUUGAUGUGAAUGAUAUUGACACCUAUAAUGAAGAUGAUGAGGGAGAUGAGUCAGGAACAGGCUACUGGAUCACCUGCUCUGCAGGCUGUGAGAUUGAUAUCAACACCUGGGUGCCCUUGUACUCAACAGAACUCAACAAGCCAGCCAUGAUCUUCUGUUCCCAUGGAGAUGGCCACUGGGUACAUGCUCAGUGUAUGGACCUAUCUGAGAACAUGCUUAUCCACCUUUCACAGGUAAAUGUCAAGUAUUUCUGCACAGAACAUGUCAGUUUGGCCCAGGGACUGAAAACUCCCAAGGAGACCCCUCCUUUGGAAAAGCAACCCAUGAAAGUGUUGCACAGGAAAAAAAGAACACAAAUCCUCACCCCUGCAAAGAAAUCCUUUAUUCGGAAAUUAUUUCAGUAG